AGUCUGGUAGUGCGGUUGAAUUAAUCGCGAGCAGCCUCGGUAUGUCUGUGCCAACGGCUUGCACGCGAUUCAGUGACAACUACGACCUGAAGGAGGAACUCGGCAAAGGUGCCUUCUCCGUGGUUCGACGAUGUGUGCAAAAAAGCACCGGUCACGAGUUUGCUGCAAAAAUUAUAAACACCAAAAAACUCUCAAAUAGAGAUUUCCAAAAACUCGAGCGUGAGGCGCGGAUAUGUAGAAAACUACAACAUCCAAAUAUUGUGAGAUUACAUGACAGUAUACAAGAGGAGAAUUUCCAUUAUCUUGUCUUUGAUCUAGUCACCGGCGGAGAACUGUUCGAGGACAUCGUCGCCCGGGAAUUCUACAGCGAGGCGGACGCCUCGCACUGUAUUCAACAAAUCCUGGAAAGCGUUCACCACUGCCACCAUAACGGAGUUGUGCAUCGGGAUCUGAAACCCGAAAAUUUACUCCUCGCGAGCAAGGCGAAAGGGGCGGCUGUGAAAUUAGCAGAUUUUGGUCUGGCGAUCGAGGUGCAGGGUGAAGCGCAGGCAUGGUAUGGUUUCGCUGGAACCCCCGGCUAUCUCAGUCCGGAGGUACUGAAGAAGGAGCCAUACGGAAAACCAGUCGACAUAUGGGCGUGCGGUGUCAUACUGUACAUCCUCCUGGUCGGUUAUCCGCCCUUUUGGGACGAAGAUCAGCAUCGGCUCUAUGGGCAGAUCAAGGCCGGAUCGUACGAUUAUCCGAGUCCAGAAUGGGACACCGUCACGCCGGAAGCCAAGAACCUUAUCAAUCAGAUGUUGACGGUGAAUCCAGGAAAGAGGAUCACUGCCAGCGAGGCACUGAAGCAUCCAUGGAUCUGUCAACGUGAGCGUGUUGCAUCUGUGGUGCAUAGACAAGAGACCGUGGAUUGCUUGAAGAAAUUCAAUGCAAGGCGCAAGUUAAAGGGCGCUAUAUUGACGACCAUGCUGGCGACGCGGAACUUUUCCAGUAAGUAUGAUGCACAGGGUCGAAGCAUUAUCACGAAGAAGGGUGAUGGCUCUCAAGUGAAGGAAUCCACUGACAGCAGCACAACGAUCGAAGACGAUGAUGUUAAAGAGGAUAAGAAGGGCGGCGUCGACCGGAGCAGCACGGUCAUUGCCAAAGAACCCGAAGGUACACCUUCGAGCAGCCCCGCGACAAUGUCCGCGUUCUCCAGGAUGGUCGGCGCGGCCACAACCGUGGCGAACAAACAGGCCCCGAAUCAGAACCAGACCCAGAUUCAGGCCCAGGUCCAAGCCCAAGCCCAGAUUCAGAAUACGGGCAACCCUCUUGGAAUUGCCGCGGUUCUUCUUCAAGGGGCCCAAGCUGGCAGCGCAGGAAGCGGCAGCAGCAGCGGUAGCAGCAACAACAGCCAGAACAGCCAAGUCGGCGCGUCGCCAUCGUCACCGGCCAGUACCAGCCAUCAGGCGAAUGGUAGCAACGAGCCGAUAGCAUCGCGACGCCAGGAUUCCUCGCCCACCGCACGCCGACAGGAAAUCAUCAAGAUGACUGAGCAAUUGAUCGAGAGCAUCAACACUGGAGAUUUCGAAGCAUACACGAAAAUCUGUGAUCCACACCUGACCGCAUUCGAGCCGGAGGCUCUAGGUAAUUUAGUCGAGGGAAUGGAUUUCCACAAAUUUUACUUUGAUAAUGCAGUCUUGGGGAAAAACUGUAAGGCGGUCAAUACGACAAUCCUGAAUCCCCAUGUCCAUUUGUUGGGCGAGGAUGCUGCUUGCAUCGCAUAUGUCAGGUUGACGCAGUACAUGGACAAACAAGGCGUAGCGCAUACCCAGCAAAGUGAGGAAAGCCGCGUGUGGCACAAGAGGGACAACAAAUGGCAGAACGUGCAUUUUCAUCGAAGCGCGGUGACGGGUCCAUCUCCGUUCUCUUUCAACCACAAAUAAAUCGGCCAAGAGGACUGUCCUGCUGCCGCUCUCGGCGAAUGCUCGUUAUCCCCCGAUAGAACGCGAAUGAAGUAACGAAUGUUAGGAAUAUUAGGAAUACGGAAUACGGAAUACAACGUACGCGGGCAAGGGCAUCCUCACGAAACACACACGUACACAUAAACGUACACGUACAUAAGAACGAAGUUACGAGUUACGAAGAGAACACACAACGAUGUAAUGCGGUAUUCGAGAGACAGAGAACAGUAACGGUACAGUAACACGAAUACAAAUACAUUUACAUAUAGUACCAAACGCGACAAAACCGAAGAUAUGGCGCAUCCGCCAGCAUGUAUUACUUGCUCCAGUACCUGCUCAGCGUACUUACUACCUAUAUUUACGCGUGCACACGUACCCACUGCGCCAAGUGUGCCUCGGAGCCUCGACGAGGGAAUGCAAAUGGAGGGAACUAUGCGCGAAUCAUUGGAAGCGCGAGAAAAGAGCAGAGUCGCUAAUGUCGAUCAAUCGAUUGUAUUUAACGAGCACCGAGGACACGAGGUAGACACUGUCCAUUGUCGGUUAAUGAACGCAAUCGCGGCGGAGGGAGAGAGAGAGAGAGAAGAGAGAACAAGAGAAAUUUCUGGGCUGCAACGUUCACAUGCACAUGCACUCCGAUCGUUCGUUUCGCUGGCAUCGUAACAUCGUCCGUUUUGGUUUCGUAUCUUGCGACAACGCGUUCUUCUUCGAUUCUUAAAAGCGAGACUGACGUCGAUUUCUCAAGAGAGCAAGCGGAUCCUCCAAAUAGAAUUGUGAUAUCGAGACAAGUCAUCGCGUGUGUGACAAAGAGAUAAUGAAACCACUAUCGCAAUCAAACUCGCGUCGAUGUUUUAUGUAUCGUCAAGUAUCAUCAGCAAAGUCGGAAAAUUUGAAUGCGAGGAAAUGUAAUAAA